CAUGACUGCAAUACAGUAAAAAAUAAACACAAAUGUAAAGUUACUUAGUUAUUAAAAGUCACUUAACGAGUCAAUGGUGUUUCGUUCGUGAUAUCAGGGGGCAUGGAGCCUACUUGUUCUUACUGGUGACGAAGUGCUAGUGGGUGUGGCCUGAAAGACGGCACUUCCCCCAUAAAUGCUGUUCGCCAGAGUAGGGAUGAUCACAAAUCAGACAACCACCAAGAUCGAACACAACUGAAGUAUGAAAUCGAUUUCAGUACACGGCACUAGCCGCGCCAAAGCAUAUAGAAAGCUCCUGAAACCAGAGGUGGAAAGGUUUAGAAGAGAGAGAAUGAACAGCAGUCUUGAAAGCCUGAGGGCGAUGCUGCUGCACUGGCCACAACAUCAGGGUUUGGCCAGUAAAAGAGUGGAGAAGGCUGAAAUCCUGGAGCAGGCAGUCACAUUCUUGAAGGGCUAUGGUGACAAGCGAGGGGGAGGGGAGGAGCAGACCUUCCAGGAUGGUUACACUACCUGUCUGCAGAAGGCUGCUGACUUCCUGAGAAACAGCGGCCAGAACGGAGACCAGAGUGGAGAUGAGGCGCAGAGGAGGGCGUUUGCAGUCCAGCUCACUCACCUGGACAGGUGCACUGCCACACCAGUCCCCACGCUCAGCUUGACCAGGUGUGGGGCACCACCUAAGCUGAUCCAGUAUCAGCAGCCAGGGUUGUUGGCUCUCCAAGGACAAAGACACUCCAGCAAGGCCAAGUUGUCUCCCAGAGCUCACUCAGCCAAGAUUAUGUCUCCACCUCUCAUUAACAGUCAGGCCUUAUGGAGACCAUGGCCCUGAAGGAGUAGAGGAUUUGGAGAAAUGAACUCUGAACAGAAUGUAUAUGUGUAAAUGUGAAGUAGGCUAUAUUAUUCCAUGUGAUUUGUAAAUACUGGACAUGUAAAUAUACUAUUAUUUGUUUAAAUUGUUAAUGAAAUGUUGAACUCCAACCUCAAACCAUACUGACAGCACUUAAGGUUUAUAGAUUUUAUUUUUGUAAUGUUGAGAAUGACUGAAUACUUAUUUUGUAAUGCUAACAUCAAAAUAAUA